AUGUUUUCUUUGAGAUCUUCAUUCCUUGUGCUUCCGGCCUUACUGGUCUACGCUUCAGCAGAAGAUGCUGAUAGGCGCCUGAUCUACAGUUACGAUAACUCGGACAGCCAAACACCCUGGGGCCGUUUCGCAGGCGGAUUUCCUUACCUUGUCUCCAUCCGGUACAAUGGCAAUCACCAGUGUGGAGGGACCUUGAUCCGUGGCAACUGGGUGCUCACUGCUGCGCACUGCUUCUACAGUUCCCCCAACCAGGUCUCCAAGUUUCAGGUGCGAUAUUUGGCAUCUACGACGGCCAACGAUUACACUUUGACGAACAUUGACCGGAUCGUCGUGCACCCGAGCUACCACAUGGUGACCUUGGACGAUGAUAUCGCCCUGAUUCGGUUGUCGACAUCCGUCCCGUCAACGAUGCCACUUGCGCAGCUUGAGCAAACCUACACCGAUCACAGUGGGAAGCAGGCACUUAUCGCAGGCUGGGGAAGCCUCGAUGCUGCGGGUACCCAGUACGCGGAUAUCUUGAAGGAGGGGCCAACCCAAAUUGUGGCGCUUACGCAGUGUCAAGCAAGCAGCCAGAAGUUCAAUGGUACCGCGUUCAUCUGCAACGACCUGAUCAACCAGUCCGGCAUCGCGUCCCCCAAGGACAUAUCCGGCGCUGGCAGCGGUGACAGUGGCGGGCCUUUGUUCGUCAAUGACACCACCAACGGAUUGAUUCAGGUUGGGUUGGUGUCCCACACGGUGUGGGGGCGCGACAUCUUUAUACGCGUGUCUACAUACUAUGACUGGAUGACAGGCAUCAUGAACUCUCCACCCACAACCAGCAUGUUCGUGCCGCCCCUGUGCCAGGGCUCUUGCUGCGACGAUGGAACGUACGAAGAUCCGAAUGGUGCAGAAUGUGGGAGCUACGCUUCCAAAGAUUGCAGUGCAUCAGCGACGGGCUUCACGCUUACGGAAACAGAUGCGCUGCUGAACGCAUGCCUCUCCAGCUGCGAUGGAUGUGCUGUUUGCGAGGCGACGAACACCAGUUGCUGUGACAAAGUGGACUUUACAACGACCUCAGGCAAAACGUGUGCACAAUUUCGAGGCCGGCUGCAGAGAGGCGUCGACUGUGCAAGUGACGCGGAAGCGGCCGAGAUACGCGUAAACUGCCAAUUUACUUGCGGAUUCUGCACGAGCGGUACAGAUUGCACAGACGUAGCAUAUUUCGAGGACGCUAAGCGUUACACAUGCCCUCAAUGGAGGGGAUACGAUUGCUCCCGGGCCUCAGAGGACUACGGCUACGCCCAAGCAGACGAAGACCUGUUGCUGCAGUUCUGUCCCCUCAGCUGCGGUACUUGCCCGUCAACGGCGCAGGCUUCGACUACGUUGGGGGAUGGCCUCUCGGCGAGCAUCAGCGCUUCCGGAACGACAUCGCUGAUGAUGGCCCUACUGACCAUGCCAGCACUAGCAUAG